UCACAGUCUUUGGUCUCUGCCUCAAAGUCCAAGGGUGCUCAGAGAGGAGGGCUUUUUCUUGCUCGUUCUUCCUGGUCUUCCUUUUUUCCCACCAGGUUGUCAAUGAGGAGUGGAGAAAUGGCUAAAAUGACCCAGUUAAUUGACAAUGAAGUCUUCCAAGCUUAUGCUACGUAUACCACUAUUAUUCUUCUAAAAAUGAUGCUAAUGAGUCUUAUAACAGCAUACUUCAGAAUCACGAGAAAGGCAUUUGCCAACCCAGAAGAUACAGCAUCAUUUGGAAAAGGCGAGAGUGCUAAAAAAUACCUGCGGACUGAUCCAGAUGUUGAACGUGUACGCAGAGGCCACCUGAAUGACCUUGAAAAUAUUGUCCCAUUUCUUGGCAUUGGGCUGCUGUAUGCUCUUAGUGGCCCUGAGCUGUCCACAGCCUUGCUGCAUUUCAGGAUCUUCACUGGGGCCAGGAUCGUUCACACUUUUGCAUACUUGAUCCCUCUUCCCCAGCCUGGCAGAGGUUUGUCUUGGGCAGUUGGGUAUGCAGUGACCAUCUCAAUGGCGUACAAAGUGCUGAAGACAUCGUUGUACCUGUAGCAGAGUCAUAGCUUCUGUGUACCAUUUGACAUUCCAUGCAAACUUUGCCACAGUGUAUGUUAAUGUCUUGAAUGAGCCAGCAUGAAUUUUCUGUGGUGACUGGAAUUCAUUUUUUAACAGAGUCUUUUCAUUCCUGUUCAGAAAUAUUUCUUUUUGGAGAAAAAAAAAUCCUCCCUGUAUUCCCUGUUCAUGGGCUGCAUUGCCAAAAGAUUAGAUUUGAUGUUCCCUUUGCGAUUUGUCAAGUGCUUACAAUUCUAAACAUGCAAUGAUGCUGUAUUGAUAGCAUGUGUGGUAAUUUUCUACAGAUAUACUAUUUUUGGCUGUAGCUUUGAAGUCUAAAUCAAUAAAGACAAGA